AGGGAGUAGGUGGGAGGAAAGAGAAACAGACACUGCGCUUCCUCUACUCGAGGAGGGGACAGAUCGGCAGCAGUGCACACACAUCGCGUUUCAAACCCUCAUCAGUAUGCAAACACGCUCAAAUUCAAUCGCUUUUUUCAGCUAAACACUUUCUGACUCCUAGACAGAUCUUAAUGAAUUCCCGUCGCACCGCCGCUGAAGCAACAGUUAGUCAAGCGGAAGUUCACGCGGUAGGAAAUCUUAAAAAGGCGAAAGGCUGAUAAUCAUCCAUUUAUCGCGUGUCUCGUUUCGCAGUGGCACGUCGUUUUAAAACAUGGACACGCACGUGAAGGAAGGACAGCUAUACGUCCAACAUCAAAAGUUUGGGAAGAAAUGGAAGAAGAACUGGUUUGUGUUGUACCCAGCAAGUCAAAAUGGCAUCGCAAGGCUUGAGUUUUAUGAUUGUUCGGGCAGUGCCAGCGAUAAACCCAGCACUAAGAAACUGGACAAAAAGAUAAUUCGUCUGUCAGAAUGCAUCAGCAUACUGCCUGCUCUCACUGAAACCUGCCCCAAAGAAAACAUGUCUGCUUUCUGCGUUGAGACCAAUGACAAGACGUAUGUCUUUGCAGCGGACAAAUAUGUUACCAAUGAGUGGGUGGAGAAGAUGUGUGAGAUCGCUUUUCAGGGAGGUUUUUCUGUUGGUAGUUCUGACUCGAAUGGACAGCAAGAGCUUCAGAUGGCAGAGAAUCUCAUUUACUACUCCAGAGAAGAAGUUAAUGAAUUUUGGGUGACCAUCCAGAGGACUGAAGCAUCAGAACGCUGUCUUCUCUCUGGAAAUUACUGGCUUAAAGCAAAUGCAGACAGCCUUAUCCUAAAAGAUCCCAAGACUAAAAAAGAACUACUGGUAUGGCCCUACAAGCUUCUCCGUCGAUACGGCAGAGAUCGGGUUAUGUUCUCUUUUGAGGCCGGCCGACGCUGUGAAUCCGGGCCAGGGAACUUCACCUUUGAGACGAAGCAAGGGAAUGAGAUUUUCCACAUUGUAGAGAACGCUAUUCGGGAGCAGAAAGCCCAAGCCGAGGAACGACAUCAAAGCUGUCCAUCAUUAGACUCUGACUGCCCUGCUCUUCAGCAGAUUCGUGCAGCCAUUUCAGAGGGAAACAAUCGAGAACCAGAUGGAGAUUCCGGUGGAAGCAAGCCUGGAUCAGCAGAUGGUAUAAUCAGUCGAAGGGAUAACGAUGGGAAAAAUUUAAAGGGACGAAGCCUCCCGGAACCACCGGCUCCUGUCGGUGGGACCCCUCCACGAUCUCCCAUGCCUCGUGGGAACAAAACUGGACAGCUGUUAGAGGACCAGAGUAGCCUGUACUCAGAGCCUGCUGACUCAGUUCGUGCACCACAAAUUUUGGGAGAUUGUCUGUACUCUGACCCGGUGGAUAGCAUCAAAACUGCCAUGCCUACUCCCACCCCACGUCAAAGGCCAACCGGUGAAGAAGGGGGCGGUCGCCCACCCCCGCUCUACUCGGACAUCUACGAUCAGAUCAGUCUGGAUUUGGUGCAGAGGACAGCUGCAUUGGGACUUCUGAAUAACAGGCACCCUGCAGAUGGAGGUUCAAAGGAGCACAUCUAUGAUGAACCAGAGGGAUGUGCAGGACCACUAACUGUGCACCCUUGUUCAGCGCUUUACGACGAAGCACGACUGGAAACUAAUCCCUGGAGAACCAGGGGACUGGAGGAGCCUCAAGGUCAGGAGUUUCCUUACAUUCCCAAUAUGGAUGAGUAUUCCGUCCCGCCAUUUGGCAAGUCUCACCAGCCGUUGCCUACGCCCAGACCUAAAGGCCCCAAGCCUGUAACGGCGCCAAAGCCAGGCAAAGUAGUACUACUCAAAAAAGACCCUCCUUCUCUUCCUCAAAGUAAGAACAAUGCUAACAUAAACAACAAUAAUAGCAGUUACAGCCACAACAGCAGGGAAGGUGGAGCUGGUAGAAGAGGUGGUGGUGCAGAAAGGGCAGGUAACAAGACGGAGCUGUACAGUAAAGUAUCUAGACGUAAUCCUCCAGCAAAUGCUUGGCACCCAACCAUGCAAACUCCAGAUAUUAUCUAUGACAACUUGGGUGAUAUUUGACCUGACUAAGCCCAGGCUUCUUUUUAAAAAACGCCUGUGUCAUUUAAGGGAAAAAUUAAUGACAAAAACUCUGAUACCGCAACAACGGUAUACCUGAACAUUUUAUUAAUCUACUAUGCGAAUACCACUAUGAGAGCUAGAACUGUACAAACUCUCUUUGCCAUAAUGGCGAGCUUGGGAAAUGCAGAGAAGAAUUCCCAAAAAUGUUUGUUUGGGUGGACAAUGCCGUUUAAAGGGCUUAAACUGGAACAUGUCACAAUUUUGCACUUGUCGCGCAAAUACGUUAUGUAAAUUUGAGUCUGUGACUUUAGAAAUCGUACUCGCUUAUGAAGCACUUGUCAUAUAUUUUAAUCCCUCAUGCAAGAGAAUUUAAAACUAAAGAUUUAAUUUGUUUGAAGUGCAGAGACAAAACAAACCUUGAAUUGUUUUGUAUGGAGAUUGUAGCAUAAGGAUUUAAAGGUAUAGUUCACCCAAAAAUGAAAAUAAUGUCUUUAAUGUCACCCUCAUGUCGUUCCAAACUCGUAAGAUCUCUGUUCAUCUUCGGAACACAGUUUAAGAUGUUUUAUAUUUAGACCAAGAGCUUGUUGACCCUUGAAAAUCUAGUAACGGUAUACUGUCCAUGUCCAGAAAGAUAAUAAAAACAUCAUCAAAGUAGUUUAUGUGACAUCAGUGAGUCAGUUAGAAUGUGUUGAAGCAUUGAAAAUACAUUUUGGUCCAAAAAUAACAAAAAUUACAACGUUAUUCAGCAUUGUCUUCUCUACAACGCGGCUGACGUGUUAUCUGGUGCGCCCCAGCUGUUUUUUUGUGUGCGCCCGGGCUUCGAUUACAGUCUAAGGGAAACGCACGCUGUAAGUUUGAAAAAAAACCUCCGCAAACAUGUCUGAGGAUAACACGUCAUCCGCGUCACUUGACUUUAGUCUCACCCAUGUAAUUUUGGUUAUUUUUGGACCAAAAUGUAUUUUCGAUGCUUCAACACAUUCUAACUGACCCACUGAUGUCACAUGAACUACUUUGAUGAUGUUUUUAUUACCUUUCUGGACAUGGACAGUAUACUGUACUGAUUUUCAAUGAAGGGUCAACGAGCUCUCGAACUAAAUAUAAAACAUCUUAAACAAUUGUUGUCUUAUGAGUUUGGAACGACAUGAGGGUGAGUCAUUAAUGACAUUAUUUUCAUUUUUAGGCGAACUAUCCCUUUAAAUCCACUGUUGUACGUGUUUAUGUGUGUGUGUGUUUGUGCGUAUGAGUCAGCAGCUGUGCUGUUGUUAAACAUGACGAUAAUAAAAAAAUUAUAGUAAAGAG